CGCCGGAAGUGGCUGUUGUCCGCGCGUCGGCGUGUGGUGGUCGGUGAGGCUGUGGUAACCCCUGUGCGCGGGCGCUGCCGGGAUAUGCCAGCUGCCGGGGAGGAGGCGGCGGAGCAGCGGCGGUGGCCUUGCGCGGACUGGUGAGCGCGAUAUGUGCCACAAGAAAAAAGAGAAAAAGAAAAAGGCAUUCAGGCUUUCCUAAUCAUGAAGAAGGUGACUAGGACUGAUGUUCCCCAGUGAAAGACUGCUGGAGUAUCACAUAUCCUUCUUGACAAAUACUUUGUUAGAAUGAAAGUUCUCUCUGCAACAGAGGCCUCCUUUGCCUCCUGUCUUCUAAAUUUAAUGUUCUCUAUUUAUAGAAUUAAGGUUCCUUAGUUUAAAAAGAAAUAAGGAAGAGCUCACACAACUGAUUAUGGUAUGAACAGUAGUGUGUGAUUUUACAUUUUUAAAUGGUUUUUGAAUUUUUUUCCUGAUAGAUAAACAAUAAAAUGGUCACUUUUUUUCUUUAAAUAGACUCUAAACCUUUCCAGACUUGUAGGAAAUCUGUUGCUGUGUAAUACGGUGGAAAGAAUUAUGUGAUCUAAUGCUCAAAUAAUCUAUGGGAGGACUUUGGAUGUAAAAAUGUUUCUUAAUGUGUUUUCCAGAUAUCUGUGACCUUUUGGAAUUGUCCCUCCCCUCACACACACACUCAGUUUAAGGCUCUUAUAUUGGUUGGAUUCAGCCAUAGAAAUUAAUGAAGUAGAAUGCUUGAAAUGAAUAAACUGGAAGAAAAUAUCUCUCCCUAGUAAGCCAUUAUCAAUAUAACAAAAACAAUUUAUGGAAACUCAGUUCCCAAAUGGUGAUAUGCUCUAGGUGGAAAAUGGCAUAUAAUGUAAAUAUUAUGUUAAUAAAGAGUUAUAAGUAUUAUAGUUAUCAAAUAAUUAGAAAUAGUAGUAUCUGUGUAACACAAAGUAUGCUAAACAUAAUUUUAAUGUUUCUUUGAUUCACUCAGGAGGUUAUGGUUGUGUAGACAUUCUGGUUAAAAGUAUUACAUGUGUCAUUUUAGUGUUUUGUAAGAUAUUUUUCUUAAUAACUUUCUCCCAGCAUUUACAAUAUAGAGUAUUCGACAUUGUAUCAGCACUUCUCAUGGUGUUCUACGUAUAGUAGUCACAUCGAAAAAUCACCACCCAUUUAAUGGAAUUUUAUCUGAUUCUGUAGAUCAGAUUUCUUUAUUCUGGAUAUCAUGAUAACAAUGCAGGAAGUAUGUACUAUUUCUCAUUUCUGCAAGUCGUCUUCACUGCUGAAAGAAGAAAUUUUUUAAGCUGUAGCAGAGUUCAUCUUGGUCCAUCUUUAAUGGAAAUUCUGAUUUUGUUUUUAAUUUUUGAUAACCUUUUGCUAAAGGUAUGAACAACCAAAGAACUUAUCUUGUUAGGCAAGUCCACAUUAAUAAGAAUGCCUAGAAGAGGAUUGAUUCUUCAGACCCGGACCCACUGGCUACUGUUGGGUCUUGCUUUACUCUGCAGUUUGGUAUUAUUUUUGUACCUUCUGGAGUGUGCCCCCCAGACUGAUGGAAAUGCACCUCUUCCUGGUGUUAUUGGGGAAAAUUAUGGUAAAGAGUAUUAUCAAGCCCUCCUACAGGAGCAAGAAGAACAUUAUCAAACCAGGGCUACCAGUCUAAAACGUCAAAUUGCCCAACUAAAACAAGAAUUGCAAGAAAUGAGUGAGAAGAUGAGAUCAUUGCAAGAAAGAAAAAAUGUAGGGGCUAAUGGCAUAGGCUAUCAAGGCAACAAAGAGCAAACACCUAGUGAUCUUUUAGAAUUUCUUCACUCCCAAAUUGACAAAGCUGAAGUUAGCAUAGGAGCUAAAUUACCUAGUGAGUAUGGAGUCAUUCCCUUUGAAAGUUUUACCUUAAUGAAAGUAUUCCAGUUGGAAAUGGGUCUCACUCGCCAUCCUGAGGAAAAGCCAGUUAGAAAAGACAAGCGAGAUGAAUUGGUAGAAGUUAUUGAAGCUGGCUUGGAGGUCAUUAAUAAUCCUGAUGAAGAUGAUGAGCAGGAAGAUGAGGAAGGUCCCCUUGGAGAGAAAAUGAUAUUUAAUGAAAAUGACUUCAUCGAAGGUUAUUAUCGCACCGAGAGAGAUAAGGGCACACAGUAUGAACUCUUUUUUAAGAAAGCAGACCUUAUGGAAUACAGACAUGUGACCCUCUUCCGCCCUUUUGGACCUCUCAUGAAAGUGAAGAGCGAGAUGAUUGACAUUACUAGAUCAAUUAUUAAUAUCAUUGUGCCACUUGCUGAAAGAACUGAAGCAUUUGCACAGUUUAUGCAGAACUUCAGGGAUGUUUGUAUUCAUCAGGACAAGAGAAUUCAUCUCACAGUGGUGUAUUUUGGUAAAGAAGGACUAUCUAAAGUCAAGUCUAUCCUAGAAUCUGUCACAAGUGAGUCUAAUUUUCACAAUUACACUUUGGUCUCAUUGAAUGAAGAAUUUAAUCGUGGACGAGGACUAAAUGUGGGUGCCCGAGCUUGGGACAAGGGAGAGGUCUUGAUGUUUUUCUGUGAUGUUGAUAUAUAUUUCUCAGCCGAAUUCCUUAACAGCUGCCGGUUAAAUGCUGAGCCAGGUAAGAAGGUGUUUUACCCUGUGGUGUUCAGUCUUUACAACCCUGCCAUUGUUUAUGCCAAUCAGGAUGUGCCACCACCUGUGGAGCAGCAGCUGGUUCACAAAAAGGAUUCUGGCUUUUGGCGAGAUUUUGGGUUUGGAAUGACUUGUCAGUAUCGAUCAGAUUUCCUGACCAUUGGUGGAUUUGAUAUGGAAGUAAAAGGUUGGGGUGGAGAAGAUGUUCAUCUUUAUCGAAAAUAUUUACAUGGUGACCUGAUUGUAAUUCGGACUCCGGUUCCUGGUCUUUUCCACCUCUGGCAUGAGAAACGCUGUGCUGAUGAGUUGACUCCUGAGCAGUACCGUAUGUGCAUCCAGUCCAAAGCCAUGAAUGAGGCCUCUCACUCGCACCUGGGAAUGCUAGUCUUCAGGGAGGAGAUAGAGACGCAUCUUCACAAACAGGCAUACAGGACAAAUAGCGAAGCUGUUGGUUAACGUAAUCAUUGGCACAUUAGUCUGAACCACAAACCAGCACUAUUUAUUUAGCCUUAAUUCCAAUUCCAGAUGCAGUGCCUCUUUCAGAGAAGACAUGCUUAUCUUUUGUGUUCUUUCUGAUGUUACUUUACUUUAGCAGUUUAACUCGAUACGAGAAGAAAAAUCAAGUGUUUCAGUGCAAAGCCUGUUUUGUGGAAAUACCGUACUAUGGAAUCUCUGACGAAUCGAAAUCUGGUGUUUGCCCUCAGAGUAGUUUUGAGUUAGUUUCUACCCUACACCCAUGUUCUGAUGUGCCCUGGUUGCAUCUGGGUUGAGGGAUGGAAUGUGUUGUGCUCAUGGUAGGUCAGGAGCAUCCAGUUCCUGCCGAGAGGAAAGAGUGUUAUGGAUGCAGUGUGUAGACAAGGGUUCUUCACCUGCUGACUACUGAGUCAACCUGCUUUUAAAUUAAGAUCUUUAGUCAGUUGCUUGAAGAAUUCUUUUUCACUGAAGCAGAGGUUGACUAAAUGACACAUCUGAAAUUCACAAUAAAAAAUCAGAAAUAAAAACCCCUUAAACUGAAUGUUGCUUAGCUCCCUGAAUGUGUUUUUAAAUAAAUGGAUGAUAGUAGAAAAUACUUAGCUUAGAAUCUAUGACUUGAUUAAAACUAUAUAAUGUGUUGUUAUUGUUAUCAGGAUUAGUAGUCAAAGUUGCUGUAGGUUGUUUUAAACAAGCAAACAAACAAACAUAGAAAUGUCUUUAAUAGAACAUUUAAUUAUGUUGGAGUACAGGGCAGUAGUGAUCUCUGGGGACAUCAGUUUACAUGAGCCAGGGUGCUGUCAUGUCAGGGCCUUCCUAUAGUGAUUCGGAAUAGAUGAACACAGCAUGGCGUUGCGUGUUUUUUGCUUUUGCAUUGUCUUAUUUAGCAUGGAUCCAUAUGUAUUUAUUAUCCUUUUUUUUCUAAUAUGUUAAUAUAUGUCACAUCUCUGUUUGUAAUAUUGUGAUACUUCGAGUUGACAGAGUUACACUGAAAGGAGAAAAAACGAUUUGAUGAGGUAUACCAUAAAAUUACACCGAUUUGAGAAAAGAGGUGGAGGAAAAGGUGGUCUGAAUAGAAAUCUGAAUGACAAAGUAUUUUAGAGAAAUAUAUUGUUUGCAGAUAGAAUAAUAUUUUAAUUGAGGUAUAAAUUAUAUUAAUGAGACAAGAUGAAUAAGAAGUUAUAUUCAGAUAGGACUGUACUAUGUUAUUUAUCACACAUGGAUCUUUUACCAUAGGGUCCGUUGCUAGAUCCAGAAAUUGGAAAUAUGGUGAAAGGCAUGCACCGAUGUUGAACCUUUGGCCUUUAAAAGGGACCUAUAUUCUAUCCUUUCUAUUUGUAUAUAAACCCCUGAAAAUUCACAGAAGAAAAAUCAUUACUCUUUUUACUCAGUAAAUCAUAUCCUCUGAAAUAUAAAUCCCAAAUUUCUUGGUGCUACAUGAAUGCAUUUUACAGUAACUCUUAAUGAAUUAUUCUUACAAGUUUUAAAUUGGGUAGCAUUUAGCCUUUUUUAACAUGUGUAAAAUGUUCUCUGCAGAAUUAUUCAGGCCAAUAUCUCCUUUUAUAUAUAGUUAUUUAUUAUGAAGACCAGUGAGUUUAGGUAUUUAAAGUGAGAGAACCUAAUUAUUUGCAAAGGUAAGUUGCAGCUUGUUUUUUUGGCAGAAUCAAAUGACUUCACCUUAAUGAGCUUUUAAUUUAAAGAUGGAAGCUAAGCAAUGGAAACAGUAUGUACUGUGUUUUUGACAUUAAAUGGUACCAAUAAAGUAUUUUAUUACCAAAAGUUAAAUGAAAAUGUAAUAAAUGAAUUUCUUUCUGUUGCAAAAUACCAUAAAUACGAAAAAGUAUAUAACAUGUAAUUGUGUACUUUAAAGAAUAAUAAAGCAAACAGCUACACUGAUUAAGUGCACCAGCUACCCAGAUUAAGAUAACGCUAUCAGUGAAAGGCCUUGGCAUGCCCCUUCUCAAUCACACACCCUCACUCUCCAUAACAGUAACCAUUCUGAUUUCUGUGAUAAGUUUUCAUUUGUUUUUCUUAGUUUUCUCAACUGUGUAUGUACCUCUACCCAAAAGUCUCUAGUUUUGCCCAUUUCUGAAUUUAUAUGCAUAUAAAUAUAUAUAUAUAUUCUCUAACUUUCA